GUUACCGCCCACAAAGUUACUCAGCCAGCUGACAGCUGAGCCAGCGAGGACUCAACACGGCUUCACUGUACCACAACACAGCGAGUCUGACCUGUCAGCGCCUAAUCAAAGCUGGAGGACACACAUCACACUCCAUUGUAGCUUUUACUUUCUGUUGUACGUCAUUAGUUAAGCCGAUCUCUUCCUCUAACCUAGUUGUUAGCUAGCAGCGUUAGCUCCUCUGACGUUACUACAGUACUGUACCAGAGAGGACCAGAGACAAGACAGACCGUCAACAUGUCGGACCCGGCCGGGGAGGCGAAGCUGGAGCUGAAACAGGCAAGCAAAGAGGUGAAGGAGAGCGAAAACGUGGCGGAGAAAUACUCAGCCAUGACCGUCAGCAAGAACAGCGAGCUGAACAUGGGAGAGCUGUCGUCCGCCUUCAGCGCGGUGCCCACUCACAAACCUGUCAAGAAGCAAAUCCAGUUUGUGGAGGACAAGCAGGAGUUCAGCAGGUUCCCCACCAAGGCAGGCCGUCGCUCCCUGUCCCGUUCCAUCUCCCAGUCAUCCACAGACAGCUACGGCUCUGCUGCGUCCUAUACGGACAGCUCUGACGAUGAGACGUCACCACGGGACAAAACUCAGGUCAACUCCAAGGGCAGCAGCGACUUCUGUGUCAAGAGCAUCAAACAGGCUGAAUUUGGCAGACGUGAGAUUGAGAUCGCAGAACAAGAUAUGUCGGCGCUGAUCUCACUCAGGAAGAGAGCGCAGAGUGAGAAACCGUUGGCAGGUGCCAAAAUUGUGGGCUGCACUCACAUCACUGCCCAGACUGCAGUGCUGAUUGAGACUCUAGUGGCUCUCGGGGCUCAGUGCCGCUGGACUGCAUGUAACAUAUACUCUACACAGAAUGAAGUGGCUGCUGCUCUGUCAGAGACUGGUGUGGCUGUGUAUGCCUGGAAAGGCGAGUCUGAGGAUGAUUUCUGGUGGUGCAUCGACCGCUGUGUCAACAACGAGGGUUGGCAGCCGAACAUGAUCCUUGAUGAUGGAGGAGACUUGACACACUGGAUGUACAAGAAAUACCCCAAUGUAUUCAAGAAGAUCAGGGGUAUUGUAGAGGAGAGUGUCACUGGGGUUCACAGGUUGUAUCAGCUGUCUAAAGCUGGGAAACUGUGUGUACCGGCGAUGAAUGUAAAUGACUCUGUGACAAAGCAGAAGUUUGACAACCUGUACUGCUGCAGAGAGUCCAUCCUAGACGGCUUGAAGAGAACCACAGAUGUCAUGUUCGGAGGCAAACAGGUGGUCGUAUGUGGGUACGGCGAGGUUGGAAAAGGUUGUUGUUCCGCUCUGAAAGCUCUGGGAGCCGUCGUCUACAUUACAGAGAUUGAUCCCAUCUGUGGCCUGCAGGGCUGCAUGGACGGAUUCAGGGUGGUCAAGCUGAAUGAGAUCAUUCGUCAGGUUGACGUCAUCAUCACAUGCACUGGGAACAAGAAUGUGGUGACCAGAGACCAGCUGGACCGAAUGAAAAAUGGCUCAAUUGUCUGCAACAUGGGCCACUCCAAUACUGAGAUUGAUGUGGCAAGUCUUCGGACCCCCGAGCUCACCUGGGAGAGGGUGCGCUCUCAGGUGGAUCACGUCAUUUGGCCUGAUGGCAAGAGAGUCAUCCUUCUGGCUGAGGGACGUCUCCUGAACCUCAGCUGCUCCACUGUCCCUACCUUUGUCUUGUCCAUCACAGCCACCACUCAGGCCCUGGCCCUGAUAGAGUUGUACAACGCUCCUGAGGGACGAUACAAGCAGGAUGUGUACUUGCUUCCCAAGAAGAUGGAUGAAUAUGUCGCCAGUCUGCAUCUGACCACAUUUGAUGCCCACCUGACGGAGCUUUCUGAUGAGCAGGCAAAAUACCUGGGCCUGAAUAAGAACGGCCCCUUUAAACCCAACUACUACAGGUAUUAGUCUGCAAGGGAACCACAGCUCAGCACACCUAAAUGUGAACGCUACCACCAGACAUCACCCAUCCCUAAAACAAAAGAAAGAUUUAUGUAAAUUAUAUUUUAUACUCUUCACAGCUUAUAUUUAGUUGUAUAUUUUACCGACCACAGCAAGUUUUGCUUCACUUGCUGCUUCCUACAGAACGGCACAUGGCACCCGGCUGGCUGUGAAACGUCAGCGUAACAACAGCACUUAUAUCUGCUGUUUAGUCAGAUUUUUAUUCACUGGUUUCACCUGCUGGCUCCGAGGUUAUUAUCUGAUAGAUAUUGAAUAAUGUAUCAAUAUAGUGUUCCAAAUGACUGUGACUGGGAAGGGUUACAGUUGUGAAAUGUUAAUGGUUAGUUGUGAAAACAGUUAAACCUGCACUAAUCGAUACUUUUGAUAUAAACAUAUUAAACUUCUCCACUUAAUGCUUGAAAUUCCAAACUCACGAAAACUAAAUCUCACUGAGCUUUUUAGCCGAUGUUAGCUCUUUGUUUUGGCAGCCAAGAAGAAAGUCAAGCUCCAGUUGUAUUUCUCAGAAGCAGGUGAACAAAAUCACCUUAAAUUUGUCAGGUGGCGAGACUCUAAUUAGGUGUUGCUGUGUGUCUGCUGGAUGUUUAAGUAGGCAAUUAUUUGCUGACAAAUGAGCCAUAACAGCCUGAUGAUCUGACUGUAAAUCAGCUCUGUGUUUCUGUGAGUUUGUUUCUGCCCCCCAGUGGUUAAAAAAAUGACUUCAUGCAGUUUUAAAGUUUUCUUUCU